UUUUUAAUUUGCUUAGUGACAAAUGUCACACUGCUUCUUCAUACCCUAUUUUUACAUAAGGAAAUACAAAGUCUUUUACACUUACAGAGUCCUCUUAUUGUUGUUAACAGAAGGACAGAAACCGAGACUGUGAUCAGCGCAGACUGAACAGCAGACGCAGACCUGUCAAGACUCCUCAUCCUCAGCUGCUGCUGUAUCCUCUGUAGGAUGGCCAGUGAAGUCUUCUACAGCUCAGUAGUCUUCCCGAAGAAGAAUCAGCAACCAAAAAGCCAGAUACCACCAGUACGAAAAGAUAAUGUCACCUAUGCAGAAGUAAAAAUGAAAAAACGUCCAGGUCAACCGGUGGAAGAAACAGACUCUGACACAGAUACAGAAGAGAUACGGACAGAUGAUCCUCAGUAUACAAAUUACAUGAUGAUAGACUGUAAUCCAGUAGAAGAAGUCAAGCAGCCGUGUGGGGAAACACCUGUUGUACCUCCUGUUAAUGAAAAAAAGAAGAUCAAUUUGUUGACACCCUUGCUGAUGUUUCAUUGUGCUUUAUUGUUGGCUGCCUUCAUCUCUCUGAUUGUGUACUAUGUAAUUAGCCACAAAUAUACAGCAAAAGAGAAGAAAUUACAACAUAAUCUUUCUACUGCUGAAAACAUGUCAAUGCUUUUACAAGCAGACCUCAACAUUAUGCAAGUGAAGCUGUCAGAUCUGCAGAAUCAGACCUCAGCACUUAACUGGAGCUGUAAUGAGUUACGCUUUCUAAACAGAGACCUCAAACAGAACCAGAGUGAGCUGCAGGAGAAGACCAGAGAAAUGAGAAAGAACCAAACCGAGCUGUUGUUUGAGAACGCAAAAUUGAAAUCAAACCAAAGUGAACAGCAGAAGCAGAACAAAGAACUAAAAGACAACAUGAGUACACUGCUUGCAGAAUACCUACAGCUAAAUUACAGUCACAGCAAAUUAACUGCAGAUUUCAAUAAAUACUGUCCUGUUAAAAAUAACGAAAGAAGGUGUCACAUCUGCCCAGACCAAUGGCUUUAUUUCAAAUCAAAAUGUUACUUUUUCACCACUGAAAAACUGAAAUGGCACUCUAGCUAUGAAUACUGCAGCACAUUGGAAGCAAAACUGGUGAUUAUCGAGAGUGAAGAGGAACAGAAUUUCUUAAUAGAAAAGAUGAAAGAAGGUGGUUCCUAUUGGAUUGGACUAACUGAUGAGAAAAAAGAAGGUCAAUAUCAGUGGGUGGACAGCAGGCCUCUGGACCAGAGAAACGUUUUCUGGGGACUAAGAGAGAAUGAUAAGAAGAAAGAGCCGGACAACUGGACUAGAAAAAAUACCAAAGGGGAAGACUGUGUGAAGAUACAGGUUCACAAGACUUUUAAUGGUUGGUAUGAUUCAGAUUGUGAAGAUUACACAAAUAUGAUCUGUGAAGCAGAUUCUUAUUUCACUAUCUAAACAAUAUGUAGAUGAGCCAAGGGCCAAUAGCUUCCUAAUGGAGUAGUGUUACACAGAGUCUCUAAAAUAUGACUUUACCUGACAAAUAAUCCAUUCAUCAAGCUGGCAUUUCUGACUACUGGAGCAGCAGCGGUCAAUGCUCCAUGAAGCAGACUGUACAAACUAAGAGAUGAACUUACAAAAUAAUAAACCAUUGACUUCGCUGCUGUCUUUGAAUCUGUCGACCACAGCAUCCUCCAAAUACGCCUAAAAGACUUUUCUACAAAAUGUUUCUCCUACGUUGUGCUCCUUCUCCAGUCGCAUAUAGCAUGUUGCCCUUGGUGAAGCCUCUCUGUUCUUAUAUCUCACCAGAUUCGGUGCUGUUCUUUAUCUGCAGAAUGUCUCUGGGCUACUCAAAUUCUCCUUUUCUGUUCAUACACCAAAAUUCAAAGAUUGACAGCCUCACUGCCUGAACUACAACCUCAGUGCCUAUAUGUUUGCUAUCUUUCUAUCUAAUAUCUUACUCAAAGACAAAUGUCUUCUGGAUCUUCUGUUUAACUCACAAAGUCUAAAUCUUUCUCUGCAGAAGACAUCCUUUACAAAUUUAGCUUUUGUGUCAUUCUUGACAAAACAUUUAAUUUUGUUGCAUCUCAGCUGAAGUCAAUGUCACUUUCUGUCACCUACAAUACAACUCUUCCUCUUCUUCUCCACUGAUGCAAAAAUAUCACCAUAAUUACCUCUCAAUGGAUUACUGGAGUGCAUCUUGAUGGGCAAAGCACCUGAAGCUUGUGACUGAGGAUGUUAUAAAAAUUACUUAAAACAAUGUAUAAGUGAUUUAGAAUUAUUUUCAACUGCAUACAUUAAAAAACAUGGUGAAGUGGGAGUUAUUCAUACAUCCACCCAUACCUGUACAUCAUCUAAUUCAGGGUCAUGAGAAGGUUUGUCUACCCAGGCAGUUCUGAGUGUAAGGUUGAUGGGAUGCUAGUCCUGUGGACAAUUCUCUUUUUAGAAGGUUUCUUUUCUCGAGUCUUUUUUCAGAAAUGAAAAUUUCAGGGGUUAAAAAUAUGUGACAGGAUCUAAAAUGUUUGAAACCAGUAGUUUGAAAUAAUCCUUUGAAAUUAGCUUUUAUUUAUAUUUUAUGUGUUUUUAUCACAAUCGUCUGCUUCUUUAACGUGCAAAGAAGCUUUACCGUUAAUAUCUCAUGUAUUGAUGGAGUGGUGGUGGAUGCUUUCCAUCUGAACUUCAAAUUGAUAUACGUAUUUAAGAAUUUCUAAAGUAACCCUCAAAAAUUCCAAGUUCCUGCUUUCUACUCUCUCGGCUAUGGUACUUGUUUGGUCCCAUCUGUAAAGUUUGCAUGAUCUCUCCUGUCAGCACUGGUUUCACAUUUUUGGCCUCUCCUGCUUGAAUGUCUUUUAUUAACAACACAGUUUUUGUGCAAAGACAUGUUUCUUGUUCACAAUAUGAAACAGACAAUUUUGGUUUUGCUUAUUCUUUAUAUACAGUUUUCAAAUAGAGUGGUACUUUUUAAGGAUCUCUCUCUUUCUGACUUGUUUUUGUAGAACAUUAACAUUUUAAACAGUUAGACUGUUUCUACUCUGUUUGACUAAUGUUUGCGUCUGGAACAUAAUUAAUGCAGAUAAUGUUGUUGUGAGUGGUAAUAAAUAAUUCAAACAUCA